AUGGUUUCUAAAGUGUGCGGUAUAAUUAAUACGGUUGAUAAAUAUGUUGAUGAUCCGAACAACCCGGGAAAAUAUAAUUCUACGUAUUUGUUAAAAUUAGCUUUCAAUAAAAAUGACUGUAAUAGUGAUGACCAAGAACUUAGCUCUUCUUUUAUAGCAUUGCUAAAAUUACUUAAUGAUAUUGAUAAGAAUGAAAAUUUAGAGGGUGAUCAACUUGUGGAAUAUGCUAUUUUAUGGUUAAGUUAUAAACUAAAUCAAAAAAAAGAAAAUGGAACGACCAUAUUCAACGAGUUUUAUACUGAAAAUAUAAAAACAAAUGAUUGUUAUAAUAAGCAUAUAGGUGAUAUUACUGGUGAUAAGAUUAAAAAGGAUGUUAUAGAAACAAAAAUAAGAUCGAUGAAUAUUGAUAUUAAAGAUAUAUCUAAUUUUUAUGAUGCAUUUAAAUCAUUAUGUAACAUGUAUAGUGAAAUUGGUGCAGAUGACUACGAAUGCAAUAAAUGUUUAGAAAAUGCUGGAGAAUUGUUUGAAAAAUAUGAAAAACUUAAAAAUGCUUUAGAUAUUAAUAAAGGAAGUUCUUAUUAUCAACUAUUGUCUAGUUUAUCAAAUGAUUAUAAAAAUUUUGAAAAAAUAUAUAGUGCUAAAUGUAGUAAUAUCUCACUUGUAGCUUGUCCACGAAGUUCAGUAACAAAAAAUAUACUAAUCACAAUUGCAAUUAUAUUUGUUGCAGCAUCAAUUUUAUUAGGAGUUUCUUAUAAGUAUUCGUUAUUUGGAUUUCGGAAACGAUUUCAAAAACAACAUUUAAGAGAAAAGCUAAAAAAAUAA